AUCAGACUGAGUGAUUAGACAAGUGGCAGCACCUGAUGUCAGACACUCACACACACACACACACUCAUUCACUGCCUCAGCUGGUUUUCACUCUGUGUCCACAUCAAGAAACAAUAUUUAGUUUUAACAUGGUCCAAGUGAAAUUCCCCCCUUGGCUUUUAUUAGUUGCCUGUUUGUUGAUGGUGAGCUGUCACAGCGCUCAACAAGGUUCCCGGGCUGGUGGAAAUGCAGUAUUUGGGAAACUGGAAACAUUUGAUUUCACCUUCAACUCAACGUCUAUGACUCACUUCGUCUAUGGAAUCACUGCGAGCUCAGCUGCUGUGUUGUUGUACGGAAGCACCUUCGUUUCCAUCAAAAAGAUCGAGACAGGAGAUGGCAUGUUUUUCCAGUGGGUGAACUGUGCAGCCAUAUGGGUUGUAUCUAUGGUUGGAGACUUGAUUCUAGAUUCGCCCAAAUUCCAACCUUUCGCAAUGUUCGGGGGAGCGAUCUGGGCCACAGGAAAUAUAGCCGUUGUUCCAAUCAUUAAAGCCAUCGGCCUCGGCCUUGGGAGUUUAAUUUGGGGAUCGUCUAGUUUGUUGAUGGGCUGGGCCAGUUCAAGAUUCGGCUGGUUCGGGAUUGCUCCUCAGGACGUCUCCAGGCCGAUAUUAAAUUACUGUGGAGCUGGGUUGUGUCUGCUGAGUGGGCUGAUCUUUUUCUUUGUGAAAGCAGAUGUGGACCUGCAUCCCAAUUCAGAAUCAAUUCCAUUACUUAUCGACAGGAGAACUUAUUCAGGCAGUUACGGACCGACUUCCUCCGAGUUCUGGAUAGACCACAUCGGACACAAGACCAGGCGGUUCAUAGGCUGCCUGCUGGCCGUGGUGUCCGGCCUGCUGUACGGUUCCUCCAUCACCCCCAUCCUCUACAUCAAAAGCCACUCAUCGUGCCAGGACAGCAUGUUCCAUGGAGCCAGUGACUAUGACCUCGACUAUGUUUAUGCGCAGUGCUCUGGCAUUUUUCUCACGAGCACGUUGUACUUCACCAUCUACUGCGCCGCCAUGCACAACAGACCCCGGCUUCACUCCAGGCUCAUCCUACCAGGUCUGUCGUCUGGACUGAUGUGGACCUUGGCUACGUACUGCUGGUUCCUGGCUAAUAACUACCUGAGUGCAGUCAUCACCUUCCCCAUUAUCACGGCAGGAUACGGUCUGGUUGCAGCACUCUGGGGAUCCCUGGUUUUCAAGGAGAUUAAGGGGUUAGCGAACUGCUUCAUCUUCCUCUUCGCCUCCUGCGUCGUCCUGACCGGCUCCUUGCUGACCGCCAUCUCCAAGCUUUGAUAACGAACACGUCCGUCAAUCAAAACAUCUGAGGCGUUGGUUAAAAACAAAAAAUACAGCCUUUAUUGAAAACUGUCAUAUAUACACAUGCUGCAGAUUUCCAUACAGAUGUGGUGGUUGUAUGUGUCAGCACUUGAAUUGUAUUUUUGUAAGACUCGACUAUUAAAAUAUUUAAUAUUGUA